UUAUGGUCGAACGAUUCGAUCAGGAAGACCAUUCCACGUAGGUCUAGUACUUAGAAGUCGACUGGGAUUUGAAUGGUGAAAGAUCAGCCCAAAAUUAAGGUCUGAGAAAACUCCCUCUCCAUCGGCACAACGUGGCUCGCAAGUAGACGCAUAAGAAUCCUUGAUUUGUACGAAGAACUUCGAGAUGGAGAAAAUUUGCUCCAGUUGCUGGAAGUUCUUUGUGGUGUUCAGUUGCCUCGAGAAAGAGGGCAGUUAAGAUUUCAUAUGUUACAAAAUGUUCAGACUGCUUUGGAAUUUCUUGAGAGCAGAAAUAUAAAGUUGGUGAACAUUCGCAGUGAUGAUAUAGUUGAUGGUAAUACAAAGCUAACCCUAGGAUUGGUUUGGAUAAUCAUUCUUCAUUUCCAGGCCAGAUCUAGUGGAUUUUUCCAAGUUAAAUAAGACCUCUCCCGAGGCUAACGUUGAGUAUGCAUUCCAUGUCGCCGAGAAAGAGCUUCAUCUUCCCCGUUUGCUCGAUGUCGAAGACUUGGUAUCAUCUGAACAUCCUGAUGAGAAGUCCAUUCUGACGUACGUUGCUUCGUUGUACGAAGUGUUCCCCAAAACGCCGUCAGUCCAGGAAUCUCUGCACGAUAGUGAAAAGCAGCUGAAGUACGAAGAAUAUUGCAGCUACGCUAAGAUGUUGACUGACCAGAUUAUCCAAGUUACCAUCCGACUAGAAAGACAGCAAAUCCCCAGAACAAUACAUGGUAUUAAGGAACUGAUAUUGGAUUUCAAUCGUUAUCGCAUCACUGAAUACCCUGACAUGGUCACGCUACGACACUCUGUUAAAAUGCUUCACAAAGAUCUUCAGGCACUUUAUGGUCCAAUGACAACAUGGCUCGACUUCCCCAAAGAUUGUAGCCCUCGAGAACUCGCAGUGCUUUGGACAAAACUAGUCGAAAUACAAGAUAGCUACAACAAGUCUUUGAGAAUUGAACUUACAAGGUUGGAACAAAUGUCUCAAGUAGCCGAAAAAAUUCAUAAAGAGGCGAUGUUGGUCGACGCUUCGCUCGAUGACAUCGAGGAUCGAAUCAAGGCGGAAGAAAAAAAUCGUGACAAAAUCGAUGUUGCUACACGACGAAAACACUUCAUGAACAUUGAAAAAUCCUUGAUGAUGUUCGAGAGUAGCAUCAAGCACAUGAUAUCAGGUUCGGAGCUGCUUGUCACUGGUCAUUAUUCAAGGGCUACUGAACUGAAAAACAGAGUACAGAACAUCAAUAUUCGUUGGAAAAACAUCAAGAUUCAGUUAGAACGACUGGCAUCUGAGAUGAGCUACUAUGACACAGUAUCCACUUCAGAAGCAAAGAAAAUGAAGCUUGAACGUCCCAUCGAACCAGACGUAGCAGAUGCCGCUGAGGCAGGUCCAUCCCCCAUGGACGAAGACAUAUUGAGGUCCACUAAAAUCAUUAAAAUCACUAAAAGAACGUACAAGACGGCGUCUGGAGAACCUAUUGAAUCAAGUACUACGGUGUCUAGGGUGACGUCUGACGAGAACAUCCCUCAAGAACGAAUAAGUCGAACGUUCGUGACGUCAUCCGAGUCUCUCCCCUCCUCCAUGUCAUGGGACUCUGGCAUAUCUCCUGGCGCCUCCCCCCAAAGGCGCAAGGCAAUACGCUUACAGUUUGGACUGGAGAAAGGAGAACCUGGCAGCGAGGCUGACAUUCUAGAUGCCAUGUUACUAUGGGUCAGAGAGAGAAAGAACUCGAUGGAAAAGGCUGGUUAUGGCUUGGAUUUGCCUUCAUCUGAAAAAUGUCUUCAGGAACACUACGGACAGCAUGAUAUGAUUAUUGCUUUUGAUGAGGAGUUGGCACGAGUCAAGAAAUUCCAGGAUGAGGACAUAACAUUGAAGCCAAAGAUUAUCCAACUGAACGAAGAAUAUGUCGUACUUGUGGCGUUGUCCGUCGAUCGGCUAAAGAAUCUGAAGAGUUUAGUGGAAUUCAUGAGUGAAGCAACGAAAGAACUGAUCUGGUUAAACCAGCGAGAAGAGCCUGAGGUGUCACGUGAUUGGGCCCGACCUGACCUCGACCUUGCUGACCUUAAACUUUAUGGAGAGGAACUAUCGUACGAGAUUCGCGAACACGAACCGCAAUUGAACGAUAUCGUUAAAACUGGAGAAUCCAUGAUCAAGUCUAAACAUCCUGCCCCUGGACCCAUAGAGGCUUACUUAAGCGCCAUGAAGAACCAAUGGUGGUGGAUAAAGCAGUUGACCAUAGCAUUCAAGGAACACUUUACACAUGCUCAGACAUACCAUCAGUUUUUUGGAGACGCAAGUAUAGCUGAACAGAAAAUGGUUCGUCUAAUUGAUGAUCUUAAUAAUGUGUACGAUGUUCAAGUCAUACCAGACCGGGCCACGGCGGAAGAACGCCUUGCAAAACUAUCGGAAAUGAAGCAAGAAUUAGUAGAUUAUAAAGACACAAUAAGCUCUCUACAACUGCURAGCAGACAAGUUGUUCCUCUGCCCAAAAGAAAAGCAAAGUUAAAAGAAAAAACACCUGUGAAGUCAGCCUGUGGAUACAAGAAUUUACAGAACGUGACCGAAAAAGGAGAGGAAUGUUUGCUGUUAGACAACUCUGAACAUCAUGCAUGGAAGGUCAACACAACUACAGGCCAAAAAAGUGAGAUUCCUUCUGUAUGUUUUGUGAUACCUGCACCAGAUCUAGAAGCAGCUGACUUUGCAACAAGGCUAGAGAUUCAAUACAAGCACUUAUUAACGUUAUGGCGAACAAGACACUGGAACCUCAAGCAAGCACUGAGCAAAGAACAAGUGUUUAGUAAAGUUAAGGUUAUCAAGACAGCUGCUCCACAACAGGCCAAUCUUCCCCAGUUGGCUCUAGCUGGUAGCAAAGAUGUCGAACAGUUACUAAAAGAUAUGCAAGACUCAGGUGACCAAGAGGUUAUAGGUAUCACAGAACAGCUCGUAAGUCAGCAUCCAGAGAUGGCUUUUGACGAUGAUGAUACAGAYGCUACUAGAACACAAGUACGAUCAUACGAAACACCUAAACUACAAAUUCUUGAUCAGGAAAGUGCCCAAAGCACUCUAAAGGACCUGUUAACGUGGUUAAAAAAAGUACAGACGCACGUUGACCAAAAGUCUUCGGGGACUCUAAACCUUGAAAAUAUUGAUGCAGAUCUUGAUGAUAUUAAGAAUAUUCAAGAGGAGAAGAGGAAAAUAAGACGUCCUCAGUACGACGCCUUGAUGAAUUUGUUGACUCGCAAAGUAGAUCCCCAACUACAACGAAAGCUCGAUGAAACAACAAUAAUGUGGAAAAAUGUCACACGGUCAACUGAAGAAUGGGAAAAGAUGCUCGAAUUCAUGCAACACGUAGCAUCGAUCGUCAAAGAUUUAGAAGACUGGCUUCACCGUGUUGAAGUUAUUCUGAUCCAACAACCUGGAUUAACCGCUGACCCUAGAGAACAACAACAGCAACUCCAUCAGCUCGAUGAUAUUUAUGAUAAAGAGAUGAGACCUCGGCACAUCAAAGUAGAAGACGUUCGUUUAGCUCUCCCCAAGCUAAGUGAACGCGACCGAGCACGAACCGAGGACGUUCUGGAGAGAUGGGAUGCUGUGAACCAUCAAAUUCAAGAUAGAAUGUCCAARUACACCAAAACCCUAGAAAAACUACACACUUACCAUACCGCGCUGAAUUCAGAGGAAAAUUGGUUGACUCAUGCUGAGAAGAGURUUAGAGAUUUGAGGUUACCAGAACAUAAACCCGAGGAGCAAGUAGUUGAGGGGAUAGAAACGAGAAUGGAGGAAUUGACGAAUUUGUACACUGAAGUCUGCUCUCAUGAAAUCCCGAUUCAGAACCUAGCUUCUAGAUCAAGUGAAUAUGCAUCAGAUUCCAUGGAUUACGAGGAAAAACUAGAAAAAUACCGACGUAGUCUUCAUCACCUCCCAGAAUCUCGCGAAAAAGAGAACCCCGCUCUUGCGACUACUCAACGAAGCCGCGACGAAAUGCAAGCGACGGCAUCCGAAACUCGAGAUCGUUACGAAAAGCUCCGAAUCCAGGUUCAAACCGUAAUGGAAAAAGUCGUAUUAGUUCUAAAGCGACAUGGAGUAGAGCACAAAGAAGUCGAAGAAGCUUGUGUAGAAUGGUGUUCAUCGAUACAAAAACUCUUGGACUGGGUUAAUGAAAUUGAAAAAACCGUGGCGGAACAGACAGGAACCCCGGCUGACGUGAAACAACUGGAGGAACAAAUAGAGCAACAACAGAAGUUAACUAAAGCCAUCUAUGAACGUAAACAGCCCUUGGAGAGCGCACUUCAGCAAGGCGAGCAGUUCUUGACUAGCUCAGGACAACAGCUUCAUCCUUCCAAGAAAAGUGAUUUGGAUUCGAAGAUGACGAGUCUAGAAGCGCGAUGGAGAAGACUUCAAAGUGAGCUCGAUAAUCGUUACAUGAGACUGGUGCUUAUUCACGAAAAAUUGACGAAAUUCGAGGAGCUGCUCCACCCAUUUUUGGCAUGGUUAAAGCGUGCAGAGGAACAAAGUGCUGAUAUACUYCACAACGUAAAUGACGCGCAGUCUGCCCARCAAAGAUUAUUGAUACACAAGCAUUUUGUGGAUGACGUUAAAGACCAUGAACGAGACUUGAAAGCUGUCAAUCAAAGCGGUGAAGAUUUCUUACAUGAAGCCAAGGUUUUCCAUGGCGAACUCCAAAGGUCAGUCUCGGCCCUAGGCGACGACCAGUCCAAAGCUGCUCUGGGAGAUCCGGACGAGAAAUCCUGGGUACUAGAAAACAAACUAUCUGACAUCAACGAACGGUACAAUCGAUUAUUGYUGCUCCUCACGCAGCGCGGAACGUUACUCGAUCGAUCGUGGCAGCAGUUGAAGGAAUACGAUGCGAAAGCCAAUCAGAUGCUACCAUGGCUGAAUUCUGCCGAGGAACAUUUAGCUAAGAAGAUGGCGCAGCCAAUAGGAAACGAGCCUGCAAAAAUACGAAGAGAAAUUGAUGAAUUAAAGGCAUUCCAAGCAGAGGUUACCUCACACCAACCUGAGGUUAUUGAAGUCGAUGUCCUGAGCCACAGUAUCGAAGGCGUGGCACGAGCACCAACCUUUGAAAGRGGCAAGCCAAUAAGACAAAGAUAUAACGAACUUUGUACAAACAUUGCUUUCUACGAGACCAAACUUCAAACUGCGCUCACCUCGUCGCAGAAUUUCAAAGACGGCCUUGACGCUGCCAUUAAGGCUUUACAAGACUUGAAGAAACAAAUCGAUAAACUUCCGGAGGUGGCACGAAGUCUGAACGAACUCAGGCACGAAGCUCAACAGUUUAAGGAUAUUCAAAAYGAGCUCAAUCGACUCGGAACGUCAGUAGAGGCACUAAACGARAUGUACGCACUCCAGAAAAAGAAACACAAAGAAUCGAAAUUUAAACAAAUGAAUAAAUUAUGGGAAGAAGUGAAUGGGAAAGCAGAAAAACGACGAGGAGAGAUGAAGAGCGUCUUUAUCAUGAUUGCUAAGGACUUCGAGCGGUGGGAAAUGUCCAUGAUCAAAAGACUUGACGAUGGUGAACUCGUUACUUCAGAUAUCUUGGUCUUUGAGGAAAAAUUACAGUAUUUCCAGAAUGAGGUAGAACACAUGCGCCCCGCCCUCCAAGGUGUCAAUCAAGGCGGACACGAGCUGAUAAACCUCGAACGAACCAAGCAGUCAGUUAUUCUGGAGACUCUGGACCGCGUCAACAAAGACUGGCAAACACUAUGUCUUAAACUCAUUAACACGAGUGCCAAGUUCGACGAGCUCCAAGAACAGUGUCAGAGGUUCCAUACCGUCCUGAAGACCAUCACCUUAUGGCUUGACGUCACGGAAGAGACGUUGGUAACCAUGGCACCUGUGGGAGUCGACCCUGAUGUGUUGGGAAAACAAAUCAAUGAUGACAAGGCCCUCCAAGAAGAAGCUGUACAGUACAAAGCUCGUCUAGAUCUCUUAGUAGGUCUUGGCAAAGUUAUCAUUGAUAUUACCACCAAAGSUGAACAACAGCCACARCAAAGCCAGUCACCAAUGCAGCAAGACUUAGAGUCUGCACAAACCCGAUACGAUGAUAUCUGGAAGGGUAUGGAGGCGCGGAGGAUUAUUUUAGAAACGACACUGCUACAGAUCGAGAGGUACAGACGCAUGGUGAGGAACAUCACUAUCUUCUUACACAAUGUUGAGAAGAAGAUGGAGAAGUUGGAGCCUGUCAGUGCUGAUGUUGAUACCUUACGAGACCAGAUCACGGAACACAAGAAACUUCAGAAAGAAGUUGCGCAAGCUCAGACAGACAUGGACGCGCUGUUAAAAGCAGGCAAUGAGYUGAUUGAAAACCGAGAGAACGCACCAGGAUCAAAAGAUGUACAAGAAGAGAUGGACAUGCUGAAAUACCGACUCGAUCACGUUACGAACGCAGGCAACGAACGCCAGAAGGUGUUGGAGAGCAAUUGGAAUAAUGUGAAGCACUUUAACGAGAGUGUUAGCAGUCUUAACGUCCAGCUGMAGCGGAAGUUAAAUGAUAUUGAUGUUCUAAUGAGACSUGGUGCCGACCCGAAGGACGUAUACAAUGACCUUAAGUCGUUGGAAUCUGACAUGGAUCAGCUCAGCAAAGAGAUGACCACGAUGAAGGAGUCCGCUGACGAAAUUGUAACGCAUCUUCACAAAACACACCAGGACACGAAGCCAAUCGACAGUAAGGUAGAAGAAAUAGGUGACCAAUGGAGACAGCUACAGGCGAAACUAAAGGAACUUAGUGCUUUCGUUGGUAGAGGAAAAGUAGAUGAAUUCCCUCAGGCCGGUGAGGAGGCUGAAAAACCAGUCGAAACAAAACCACAAGAACAGCAACCUUUUAAGGUCACCCCAGUUAAAAUAAGCAAGUUAGAAGGAUUUGAAGUUUCGUUGUCUCCGAAAGAAGAAUUACCCCCUGAUACUGAAUAUGAAGAGUAUAUUGACGAUCAGGGACGCAAAGUUAGGCGAAUUGUCAAACGAACUGUUGUGACAAAGAAAUAUGUAUUACCACAGGAAGAGUACCCUAUUGAAGAACCUACCGAGCUUUCGGAGGGUGCAGUGGGAGGCCCAGCUGAAAAAGAGGGAGAGAUUGAAGAGUAUGUUGAUGAGAAAGGAAACGUCGUCAAGCGAAUAGUGAAGAGAACAACAAUCACAAAGCGAUAUAUCAUUGACAAAUAUGGACGUCGUGUUGAGGUUUCAGAGCCUGAAAUGCCUGAAUCUACAAMUUUUGAAGCUCCACAAUUCAGUGUUACGCCCGUUUCGAAAUAUCAACUUGGUAGCUUUGAGAUCCCCCCUCCAGCGAAAGUAGAAGGUAUGGAAAUAYCCCCAGAUUCCGAAGUAGAAGAAUACGUGGAUGAGAAUGGCAAAAAUGUAAGAAGGAUCGUUAAGAAGACUGUUGUAACAAAUCAAUUUGUGCUCGACAAACGGGGCAAACCUGUUGACGUUCAGGAAUCAGAACCCGAGGCUCCAAGUCCAUUCAGUAUUGAAACGGUAAAGAAAAGUCAACUUGAUAGUUUUAAUGUUCCAAUUGAACCGAAAGAAAUGGAAAAUGUACAACCCCAGGAAGAAUAUGAAGAGUAUGUGGAUGAUGAAGGAAGGGUAGUCAGGAGAGUUACCAAGAGAAUAGUUACCACAACAACGAGAACUGUAACCCAACAUGGAGUUCUAGCUGAAGGAACAGAUGAACAACCGGUCGAAAAGAAGCCACAAUUUGACGAACCAAAACCAACAGCACCACCGGAGCAUCCAGAUAAGGGCAAGCCAAUAUUUGAGUCUGCUCAACCAGUGUACCUCGAGUUCGUUCCUGAGGACAAAGGUGUUAUGCAGCCAAAGGAAGAAGAAGCACCAUUGGUAGAGGAAUUAAAACCUCUAGAGGAAGUGCCCGAAAAAACAGAGCUAAAACCAGAUGAGUUAAUCGAGGAAUAUGUUGAUGAAGAUGGUACACGUGUCAAGAGAAUAGUGAAGCGAUAUAUCAACACCACAACUACUAGAAUCGUGUACAGGAAUGGUGUGCCAAUCGUUCUACAACCAGGUGAAGAGCCAGAACCUACUGAUGUGGAAUUCGAACCAGGAGAAGUAAAACCCCUUGAGCAAGUGCAAUUACAACCAGGCGAAGAAAUUGAAGAAUAUGUUGAUGAAAAUGGUACACGUGUUAAGAGAAUUGUGAAGCGACAUAUCACCCCCACAACUACUAGAAUCGUGUACAGGAAUGGUGUGCCAAUUGUUCUUCAACCAGGCGAAGAACCAGAACCUACUGACRUGGAAGUCAAACCAGAGGAAGAAAAACAAGCAGAAGCAGCCGGAACAGAUGAACAACCCGUCGAAAAGAAGCCACGAUUCGAUGAACCAAAAUCAAAAGCACCACCAGAACAACCAGAUAAGGGCAAGUCAAUAUUUGAAUCUGCUGAACCAGUUUAUCUCGAGCCUGAGGACAAAGAUGUUCUGCAGUCAAAGGAAGAACAAGCACCUUUGGAAGAGGGAUUACAACCCGAUGAGGUAAUCGAGGAAUAUGUUGAUGAAGAUGGUACACGUGUUAAGAGAAUCGUGAAGCGAUAUGUUACCACCACAACUACUAGAAUCGUGUACAGGAAUGGUGUGCCAAUUGUUCUACAACCAGACGAAGAACCAGAACCUACUGAUGUGGAAGUCAAACCUACUGAUGURGAAGUCAAACCAGAGGAAGAGAAACCUGAACCUGAUAUGGAAGUCGAUGAACCAGAAGAGGAAUCUAAUCUCGUACCUAUGGUUUUGGAAAGAGGCGUAGAUUUGCCGGAUUGGCUUGAGGCAAGAAGAGAAGAUCCUCGUCCAAAACCAACGGACGUUUCAAUAGAAGAUGAGGUGUUGUACCCAAGCACUCCUGAAAGGAGAGAGUUCGAAGGCCCUGUCGUCAUGGAAGAAGUAAUACCUCAGAACCUUGAACACAAGCCAAGCGUCAUACUUUUUGAAGAUCACGCUAGUCAACCAUCUUUUACUGACCGUAAAAGACCAGAAGCUCCCGAGGAUAUCAUUAUUGAUUUCCCAGAAAUACCAACAAAGAAGAAGACUUACAUAGGAAUUUUGGCUACCGAGGAAGCUAUCGGUAGCGUUGAUGUAAAAAGGGACGUUAUUACGGAAUUUACUGUUUUAGAUGAACUUGAAUCACGACCUGAGGCAACUAAAGUACCAGAACCAGCUGCAGCUGCUGCCUCUCAAAUUCCAGAAGCCGUUGAAGAGCUUUCUCCACAUAAGAAAGAGGAGGAAGAAGUUAAGAAGGCAGUACAGAUAAAACCAUCGCCAAAAGAAGAAGUGGCGCCAACACCUGAAGACGAGUAUAUCACAAUUGAAGAGAGGGAAGUUAUUUUGGUUGUAAACAUAAAAAGAAAGAAAAAACUCCCGAAAAACUUUAUUCCGUACGAACAGGAGCAAGUCUCGAUUUUGCCAGAUGAAAUUUUGUUUCCAGAAGACAUAAAACCGAAACAGCCAAAAAUUAUGCCUAGUACUUCUCGUGUGGUUGAAACUGUAGAUCCAGAGACGAUUCAUAGAAGUCCCUGGAAUCCGAGUUUCGAUGAUGAAGAGAAAACACCAAAGCCUGCUUUACCGUCCUUUGACGUUGGUAUUUUUAAUCCUGCAUUCGAUGACAUGGAGGAUCUAGGACCAGAGCAAAAAGGUGCCCAACCUCAAGAUGUAAUAGAAGGCGUAGAAAUGCCUGAUGAUUCAAUAAGGGCCGUAACAGAAACACAGGAACCAGAAAUGGCAGUAUCCGAAACACCAAAAGGGGAGGAUGAAACAAUCGAGGAAUAUGUUGAUGAUCAAGGCCGAACUGUUCGACGAAUUGUCAAACAAACAAUAACGACUAGGACAAUUACAACAUCAAAGAGACCAGAGGAUACUAAAGACACAGUUGAAGUAAUACCUGAAGAAGUUGUGGAAACUCCAGGAGAGGAGGAGGGGGAAGUUGAAGAAUAUAUUGAUGACCAAGGCCGAACUGUUCGACGAAUUAUCAAACGCACUUUGACAACAACAACAACAAAAAGAGUCGUAAUGCAGCCAGGAGAGCCCAUGGAAACAUCUACGAUCGAAAUGCCUGAAAUUCCAGAAGGGGCAGAGGUAGAAGAGUAUGUAGAUGAUGAAGGAAGAACUGUGAAGCGCAUUGUUUAUAGAAUAGUGGAAACGAGCUCAUGUUUAGAGAAACCUAGUGAAAGAAAACCUGUCUUUGAAAUUCCCAGUCCUGUGUAUCUCGAGGCAACGCCAUCUGAUGAAAUUCCAGAGGGUGCAGAGGUGGAAGAAUAUGUUGAUAAUCAAGGCCGAACUGUGCGAAGGAUUAUUCAAAGAAAUGUAACGACUAAAACUAUUUUGUUAAAGCCAGAUGCAGAGAAAAAGGAGCCAAUAGUGUUCCAGUCAGGAGAUCCUGUCCAUCUGGAGGAAGAACCCACGCAAGAGGUUUUGGAUUCGGAAGGAAACGUGGUUAUCAGUAAGGUCCAAGUAAGCGAAGGUCUGCCUCAAGCUGACGAACAUGUGGAGGAGUUUGUAGAUGACGAAGGUCGAAAAGUCAGGAGAGUGGUGAAACAUUAUGUCACCAGAAGGACUGUUGUACACGAGGGAAAGAUGACACCAAUAGAACAUGUUAUUUCGCUGCCAGGAACCGUUGCGGAAGGCGAAGGUACGCCAAAAUUCGAUAGCGCUUUUCCUGUUUCUACGGAAGGAUAUGUUGACAGCAGUGGUCGUACUUGGGUCACAACGAUAUCAGAUAUCUCACCCACGAUGAAGGUCGAAACAGUAUUUACACCACAGGAGAUGCAACAGCCGGUGAGCAUCCAGGAGAUUGAAGAAGGUGUACAUCCUGAGGAAGAAGAACACUUAGAAGAAUAUGUAGAUGACGAAGGAAGACAUGUGAAACGCAUUGUCAAGCGAUACGUCACGACAAAAACUAUCGUACACGAGCGGCAAUCACCUUACGUUACGUUUCCUGAUCAAGAGGUGACUGUUAGAGUGACUGAAGAACCACCCACUCAGGUUGGUGUCCUUUCACAAGAAAGAGAAGAACCUAUAGCAAUAGCACCCGAUGGUGUUAGUGUAUCAUUUGAAGAAAGACCGCUUGAAGAAUUGACUGAGGUGGAAGAAGUGGAAGAAAGCUGGCACGAUGCUGUGUUGUUUAAAGAAGCUUUGAGACUGAGCUCAAUACGAAUGUCCACUACCACGUAUACCGUGACAGAUCAACGCUUCAUCACCAUUAUGCAGCGUCUUUACCAGCUGAUCGUAGAAAGAAAGUCACUGAUUCUAUUGUAUGCUGUCAAGUACAAUGUAACGUUAAACGUCGAGCUGGAAAGCCUUCUGCUGUGGUUAAUCGAGAUGGAGACGAAGUUAGGGAAUCUCUCGCCGGUGACAUGGAGACUUGAAGRAAUUCGUCAGCAGCAGCUCGCCACAAAGAAACUCAGUGAUGACAUCAAGGACCAUAAGCCAAUCAUCGAGAACUUCGCAGAAGUCACUCAGGCACUUAUUCUCAAGGUGCCUCCUGAGGAGCGUAGAAACCUUGAAGAGGAAGUGAACCAGGUAAUGGGGACAUGGGAGGACAUUAACGGCAAAGUAGACGCCAGGCAGAAGAAGGAAGAUGAAGUUAAAGACCGUGCAGAAAACUAUGAUGAAGCCAAGAGCAAACUCGCCAAGAUCGUGGAGCGCAUUGAAGCGAAGUUGGACGAGCAGAGAGCGUUUGCUGAUGAACCUGAAAAAAUCUUGAAAGAAAUCGGGGAACUCAAGGUAUUACAAGAAGAUCUUGUGGAUGCUGCAAAUAAUGCACAAAACGAGGGACGUAGACUGGGAGCCAUGGACGGCCCCAYCGCAGCAACCGCGGGUGUUGAAGAUCAGCUGAAGGCACUGAAUGACCGGGUAUCCAAGAUCAAAGUCAAGAUCUCGGCAUACGAAGAGCACUAUCAAGACCACUUGAAACAAGCGCUCGAAUUCCAAGAGGCGGUCAGAAAAUUACUGGAGAAAGUGUCAGCCAGGAAGGAAAAACUUGAUAAAAAUGUGGACACCAAAGACAAAGACGCCAUUUUKGCCAGGAUAGCUGAACUAGAGGAUCUUCAUCGUGAGAUGGAACAAAAUCGACCUCUUCUUACCUCAGCUACGGUAACAGGAGAAUGGCUGAUAAGGAACGCACAGAAAUCCAAAGUCACAAUGCCAGAUGGCCGACCAGAAAAUGAAGUUAUUCCAGCACAAGUCGCAGAAACUCUCAAUAAGGUCAAGAAAGAAUUCCACGAACUGGAAGGAGCCAUCAGAGAACAGAAGAAAUACCUAACUGACCUGACCUUUGAAGAAGUGCGUCCCACUUCUGUAGAAUUUGAUCAUCUGCACGAAGUCAUGAAGGAGUUCACUGGUUGGUUACGGACAGUGGAAGACUCACUAGACCGAGCCAGACCUUACUCGUGUGAAGUUCUCAAACUGAAAGAAGACGAGAUCUCACACCUUGCUAUCAGAACAGACGUACGCUACCAUCAACCCACUUACGAAUACAUCGACAAAGACGCAAAUAAGUUCCUCAAAAACGAGCCUGAAUCCCCUACACGGCAAGAAAUCGAGGAAUCUUAUAAUGACAUCAAACCACGAUGGGAAGACAUAAAGAGAAGGGUAAACGAACGUCAUGAUCAACUGGAUCAAAUUCUUCCCCUCGCAAGAAAAUUCCACGAUGCUUUGCAGAAUGUUGACGGUGUAGUAAACAGAGGCGAAACACAGCUUCACGCGCUGGACGGAGUACCAUUAUCAUCAGAGAAAUGUAAACAGGAAUUACCAAAUAUUAAAGGAGUGCUUCUGGUGCUGGAUCGACGAAAGCGUGAUGUCGAUAGGAUGAAUAAAAUAGCUAAAGAACUGGCUGAUAAACUCAAAGAAAUGAAUGGCGAAWCCGAAGAAUUGCGGCAGCUGCAAGAGACGGCUAACGAGCGCUAUGAAAAAGUGAAACGAGAACUGGAGAGCAAACGAGAGGACAUUGAGAACGACAACAUUGGUAGGUUUUUUAAAGCCUUAGCAUCAAUGUCAGAUGAAAUCAAGAAGGUUGAUGAACAAAUAUCAGACGAGCCAUUAGGUAAUGAUCCAGUACAGCUCAGAAAGAAAAUGGACGAACUGAAGGCGUUACAAAUCGAGCUGUACCAGCUGAAGCCCACAUUAGGCUCCUUACAACACGCUGGAUCCGCUUUGAUGCAAAAGAACUUCGGCGAUGAAAAGCUUAUCAAAGAUAUUACCAAUAAUGUCCAAGCCGUGACAAAUGAAUACGUGAYGGUGGAAGAUAAAUUGCGCGACAAGAUGGCAGACUUCCAAUCUGCAGUGUACAAGCAGCAAGAUUUCAAUAAGACGGUUGAAGAUUUCGAGAAGUGGUUGAGCCUGACAGAGGAGAAAGUCCGAUCGCAAAUGAUGCUCUCCAUUAGACCCGUUGUCAUCAAAAAGCAAAACAAAGAACAGCAGCUUUUAAUGGAAGAAAUCGAGUCUUACGAGCAAGUCUUUAACGAUAUCCUGGCACAAGGUGAGGACCAGGCUGAUCGCUUGGAAACCAAGACCAAGAGAGAAAACAUGAGACUCAAAAUGACAGAUCUGGCCAACCGAUGGAAGAACAUCAACAAAUCGAUGGCAGAUCGCAGAAAAGAGAUGGAACGACUUUUACCUAUUGUUGUUUGUUAUGUUCAAACAAGAAACGAGUUCCUCUCGUGGUUGAGUGCUGACGAGCGCACCCUCACUGAGCUAGCUUUGGACACAGAGAUUAGCGACAUUGAUACCCUUGGUCAAAAGAAACAAGUUAUCAAGAAACUUCGUGAAGAGCUCGAAAACCAUCGACCUGUCUUCCAAAACCUCGUCUCGACUUCUGAGGAACUGAUCAGCAUUUGCCACGAGUUGAACAUCAACACAGACGCAGUCGUCGUCAUUGGAGACGUCGAGGAAAAUAAGCGACGAUGGGAACGCCAUAAUGCUGCGGUCUUGGGAGGAGAGAAGUUGCUCAGAAAUUCAGAUAAAACAAUGGCGCAAUUGCGUGAAGUGAUGGCGCCAAUGCAACAAGCGAUGGACGCUGCCGAGAGCAUCCUCGCACAAGAACCGGCUUACGGUACCGAUAUCUCGCMAGUAAAGAAAGAACUGACCAAGGUUAACAAUACACUCCAUGUGUUGGAGGAAUCCGAGUACAAACUAGUGCGCCUGUCUAAGCAAGUCACUAACAACGAGUAUAUCAUCACCAUCAUCAAAGAUAACCGCGUAAUGCAGGUCCGCUUGAAGGAGCGUAGAGUCAAGCUCGAAAAAUACAUCAAAACUGUGGAGGUAUUUGAAGGAACUGGCCGAGAAGUCGAGAGUAAAGUCAUGGGAAUCAUGCGCUAUGUGACGGUAGAAAUCGUUAUGACUGACGUUGAUGAGAUCAGAGACCAACUACAGCAUGUACAGAACCUCGAGGAGGAGGUAGUCAUCCAUAGAAGAAAAAUCGAAACUAUGGAAGAGACUGGCGAGUGGAUCAUCAAACAAAACAACAACAAGGAGGAAGUCAUUAGUGAGGUGAAAUCGAGUAUCACCAACGCUAGAUCCUCCAUCGAUGAGGUGUCUGUGAGGCUGCAGGAUCGACGCCGCCGCUUGGAGACCGCGUUGACUGAAAGCGAGAGGGUCAACGAGACGUUGGAUCACUUUGAGAAGAGAAUCGCUGUCCUGGAUAAAAAGAUGCUUAAAGCUAAACCUGUGUCGGCAGAAUAUGGUAUACUCAAGGACCAACGCAAAAGCCAUGAGGUUGUGAUUCGAGAAAUUGGCAGUCUCGUACCUAUUCAUAAAUACGUUAUUCCAGCUGCACAGAAUCUUGCAUUAGAAGCACCUCCUGGUCCUGAACGAGAUGAACUAGAACACCGCGUAACUGCAACUGAGACUCUAUGGACAACAGUCAAGGACAAAGCUGAGGACCGACAGAAUGUUAUUGAGAUUGUUUUUCCCACUGCGCAAGCCUAUGAUGACGCAUUUAGAGCUUUGAAUCAUUGGAUGAGGGAUGUAGAACACAGAGUCGUUAACAUGCAGCCAGUUGCAUGCGAUGAGGACGCGCUCAAUUAUCAGUUGCAAGUUGUUAAGGAAAUGCACCAAGAUAUAACCAAUCACGACCCGGUCUUCAAGUUCUUCUUGACAGCAGCAGACAAUCUCCAGCAAGCAUGCGAAGCAGCUAACAUAACAGCAGGGCUCGAACCGAUAGAUGCUCUCACAAAGGAGAUCUUAAACCGAUGGUCGGUGAUGAAAGAUGUGGUUGAUGACAAGCAGCAAAAGCUUGAGACUGCACAAAAACAACUGCAGGACUACAAGGAAAAAGUCGGCAAGAUGUCGAACCUGUUGUUGAGAACGGAAGAGGUUCUGCAACAGAAAGGUAGCACUGGAGUGGAUCUAGAACAAGCGAAAUCUAACAGAGAUACUUUAAUGGUUCUUUUAUCAGCGCUUGAAAACUCCAGAGACGACCUUGAAACGGCCAACAACGUAGGCCGAGAUUUGGUUUGCGACUCUGAUUCACAAGUGGUUAAUGUCGCUUUUAUCCAAGACGACAUGGCUGCACUGAACGAACGAUUUGACGCGGUACGAGCGGGCCUGGAGCGUGAGAAGAAAGAUCUAGAUUGUGUUAUUGCAAACGCAGAACAGUUUGAAGGUGCGCUCAGCCAGUUUGAAUCUUGGCUUCCUGAAGCUAUGGCUGCCGUACAGCGCUUUGAGCCAAUCAGUAGUGAGCCUGAAGAGUUGAAGAGGCAAUUGAAAGAGGUCGAGGACCUUCAUGCUUCUCUCAUGGCCAAGCGUGCCCUCCUCGUCACUGCCAAAAGCUCAGGAACCAAACUCGUAGAAGCAAGUGAUGGCGCGUCUGUGGUCGAAGAUGAUGUCACAACGAAGCUCCAUCCAUACGAAGAAGCCUACGACGCCUUGCUUGCCGUGGUGUCAGAUCGCUUGUCGAAGCUGCAGGUGAUGAUGAUCCAGUCACAGGAGCUCGAGAACUCUCUUGUUGAUAUUGUGCAGUGGUUGACUGAGAUGGAAAAGAGACAGAGCAAACAGGAAACACCUGUGUUAAGAACCAAGAAGAUUAAUGAUCUACAAAUGGAACAAGACACUCUGCAUCAAGAAAUCUCAACUUACGAACAAAUGGUUGACCACAUAGAAAAGACUGGGGAUACAAUGCUACGAAACCUAAACCCCGGUCCCGAACGAGAUAUCCUCAAGUUCAAACUCGCCGACAUGAGCCACCGAUUCAAUAACGUGAAGGACAAAUCCGCUGACCGUAAAGAAAUGCUCGAUCAAUUGGCACCAUUAAUGGAACGUUACCAAACUGCGUCGCAACCGUUCAAUACGUUCCUUGAGGAUUCAGAAGAAAAGAUUGGAGGGCUGAAGGYCAUUCCACGUGAUGAGGAAACGGCUGCAAAACAAAGAUCUGAUAUUAAGGAAUUUAAGAUGGCUGUAGAGGACGAGAGUAACAAUCUCAAAGUAGUCAUGGCUAGCGGCAAGGAACUGACCGACUAUUGCAAAACUCURCCCAUCAAAAUAGAAACAGCACCAGUAGAGAACGAAGUCCGCGACUUCAUCAACCGUUACGAAAAACUAAAGAUGGUGAACCUUGAUGCUGAAAGGGAAGCGAAGGUCCUAGAACAGAACGUUGAGGUAUACCAGAAUGCUGUUGAUCCAGUCAAGGACACCCUGGAUGAUUUAGACGCUUUCUUGGACUUUGAGAUUGGACUAGACGUGGAGAAGAGCAAAGAUGAAUUACAACGCGUUGAGGAUUUGAUCGUCAGUCUCGAGAACCAGAAAGCAGAACUCGACCUAGCUGAAAUCAGUGCUCCUCCUCAGACAGACCAGUCAUCAGACCUAACGCAAGAGAUAGCAACACUAAGCCAUCGCUAUAACCUCAGUACGAGUAAGGUCAAGAGAGUGAAGAAGAAAAUGGCYAAGAGAUUGGACAAGUUCGUCGUGUUCAUGGAAAUCUACGAAGAGGUGGAUAUUUGGUUGGUUGAGAUUAAAAAGUUGGUCGAUGAGUUGGCACCCGCCACUGAGGAUUAUGAUACAGCUAAGCAACAGUUGGCAGAGUUGAGGCCAAUCAUCAACCAGUUCCAGAUCUAUCACACAAAGAUCGAUACCAUGGUUGAAAUCAAGAAUCACAUCGCUAAAAAUAUCGAAGACGAUCCAGCCACGGUCGCCGAAGUGCAAGAAAAGCUCGAGCAAGUCCAACAACCGUUUGACCAACUUCAUUCAAAGGUCAACAAUAGACAAGGACGUCUGCAGAAUGUGGUCAUCCGAGGACAGGACUAUCAGUUGUCUCUUGAAGAAGCCCUAGCCAAGCUGAGUGACAUGGAGAAGGUCCUUGGUGAACAAGAACCUGUCAGUGCUAUAUAUGUAGUGGCUGCACAACAAAAACUGGACCACGAGGGCCUGUACCUCGMGGUUAGCAUGCACGAGGUCAUCUUUGACGACACCAUCCGACAAGGCAAAGACAUCCUCGCCAAAUCCGAACCAGGAGAAUACAAGGAGAACCUCAAGAAAAACAUCGAGGAGCUGGAAGACAGGUGGGAUGAUGUGCUCCAGAAAACGAAUGAACGUCAAGAACRACUCGACGAAGUGUGUCCGCCAGCUCAAGAGUACGCUGAAGGGAUCGAAAUGUUCAUGCCAUCAUUGAUGGAAAUGGAGGAGAUCAUAUCUGACUGUGAUGAAGUUCUCUGUGAAAAACAUGCCCUUGAACGAGAAAGAGGUUUGAUCAAGUUUCUGCAGCAGUUCUUGCAAGAAGACAUUGAAGGCCAUCGUCCCGUGUACAAGUCUCUAGUCUCGAGUUCCGACAAUCUGAUUGGUACAUGUGAUUCAGUGGGGGUAACAGAUGGAGUACCCGAGGUAAAAGCUGAAAUAAAAAAUGUGGUCGAACGGUGGACGGUGAUCAAYGAGUUUUACUGCGUACGCCGAGAACAAGUCAGUGAGGCCGAAAAUAAGGUCAAGAAAUAUAGAAACAUGUUGUUACCAUUGGAAAACUCGGUGAAGAAGGUGGAAAGAAGCCUGGAGGAACCUCUGUAUGAAGGAAUUGAUCUUGAAGAAGGAAGGGAAGAGUUGCAAAGUGCAAAGGAAUUGAAAGAUGAAUUCCAGACUUUGGAAGCAGACAUUGAGAAAGUCGGAGAUGAAGUAAAGAAGGAAGAUUAUCCCAACAUCGACUUCGCCCCUGUCAAACAGCGUGUCAAGGCUGUGGCUACGCGCUGCUCAGCAAUCCGCCGUAAGGUAGAUGUAAGAGUACUAUGGCUGGCAAAGGUCAUCGAAGAUAUAUCCUCCUUCGUCUCUACUACUGACGAGCUCGACAAGUUUAUAGACGUUGCUUUUGAUAAGCUGCACAAUUUUGAUCCUAUCCACAACGAUGCUGAGGUCAUCAAGAAACAAAUAGAAGAAGUACAGGAAUUGGAGAAUGAAAUCGAGUCCCAGUUCUCAACCCUGGCAGAGGCCGAAAUGAAAGCUAAAUCUAUCACAUCAAUCAAGAAAGACGAUCCAAAGGCCGUCAGAGAUGUAGCCGAGCGCGUCAAUAGCUGCGAGACUGGCUUGAUUGAACUCAAAGAGAAAGUCAAGGAUCGUAAGCAGAAUCUGAUGCGCGCAGAGGAACAGCUCAACCUGUACCGUGCGCAACUGGAGCCUGUUGAGAAGGUGUUCAGCCAAGUAGAGGAUGUGGUAAUGGAUGUUCCUGUCAGCGAGGACGAACUUGGAAAAGUCGAGACGGCUAUUAAAGACAUCGAGGAAAGUGGCAAACGAGUACAACUCAUCCGUCGAGCAAGCGAAAGCCUGCUUCGUGUCAUUAACAUUCACACGGAGCCAGGCAUGGAGGUGCAAACGGAAGUUGCUAAGGUCAAACACAAACAGCGYAGCCUGUCAUCAAGCUUGAGGAAGAAACAAUCGAAACUGAGGGAUGGUCUGAACAGUUAUGACAAACUGGUUGGAAUCGUAGACGAUCUUCAGAAAUGGAUUCCUGAAGGCCAAGAAAAGGUUGAGGCUGAGCUUCCUGUAAGCAGUGAACCGGAGGAGAUCAAGAAACARCUUGAUGAACUGCGGGAMUUGAACGACGAGGUACAAGAAAAGGUAGCCAUGCUUGAACAGGCAAAACAACUGGCCGAGAAGGUCAAUGAAUUGAGUAACGACGAUCCUGGAGUACAAGAAGAUGUGGCAGAUCGAUUAUCCAAAGUGGACAAACCAAUCCAAGACAUUGCUGCUACGCUAAACGAAAAACGAGCCAACCUCCAUACUGCCUUAUUACAGAGUCAGGAUCUUAAAGAUUCUAUGGAAGAGCUGAACCGAUGGUUCGUCAGUGCCAAUAACCUGUAUAGUUUGUUGGGACCUGUGUCUAAUAGGUAUAACAUCAUCGUAGAUCAGGAGGGCAAGAUUGAGACAAUCAACAAUCAACAGGACCUCCAUCGCCAAAUGUUUGACCACGUCACAACAGAAGGCCAAAAGAUACUGGAGACGUUACCCGAGGGUCCAGAACACGACAAACUGGAAACAAAACUGAACAACACMAAGACCAAAUGGCAGGAACUAUCAGACAAGUUGAAUGGGCAUAGCACCAAACUAGAUCAAUUAAAGCCAACAGCCAAGGUGUAUGAGGAGGCUAGUGAUCCUUUCAUGACCUGGCUAAGCGAGGCUGAAGCCAGACUUAGAGACUGUGAUAAGAUUCCAAGUGACCAGGAAAAACUGAUGCAUGUCCAGGAAAURGUUGAGCUCCUUCAAGAGGAGGUCAAGACACAUGAACCAGAUCUCCAAUCUCUACACGAAGCUUACACCUCCCAUUCAGAUAUAUCCAAAGAGAAAGACGUCACAACAGAUCUACAGGUCAUCGAGGACGAGGUGGCGAAGAUCGAUGAACGAUACGAUGACCUUCGCUGCGAGGUAGACAAGAAACUAAGACAGCUGAACGAUGUGCAUGACAGUCUCCAUGACUACCAAGAAACCCUUAUGGUAGUCGAGCUGACCCUAGAGGAAGUGCAAGAAUUUGUCGUAGAGAAAUAUGUUCUAAUCACGGAUGUACAGCACUCGCAUGAAGAACUCGGCAAAGCCAAGAAAUCUGUUGCCAUAUUAGAAAAUCGUAAACCAGCUGUGCUGGAAUUAGUCAAACACGGCAAAGCACUCGCAGAGACAACAGGAGAUCCAGAUGUGUUAGAAAAGGUGGCGUCUGUCAACCAGAGAUACGAUUURAUAGAGAGCAAAAGCAACGAGAAGGAAGCCUUCUUGGACAAGGUUGUUGAAUACUUGGACAUCUACGACACGAGCAUCACUCGAGUAGAAGAAAAUAUUCCCAWGAUCCAAGCCCAAGUUGCCAACCUUGCACCAGUCAGUACCGAUCCAGAAGAGGUCCAAAAACAACUACAAGAAACCUCACACAUCCAAGACGCGCUCAACGAUGACAAGGUCUGCCUUCAACACGCCAUCGAUGCUUCUGAUUGGCUGAUCGACAACGCCAAUGGUGAACCUUCGACUGAAAAUGAAAUGAAGGACCGAAUAAGCAAAAGCAAAGAGCCACUAGAGGAGCUGGCGAGUGUUGUGAACGAGAGGCAGAAUGCUCUGAAGUGUGGCUUGGUACGGUCACAAGAGUUCAAGUCUGUGUCUAAGGACUUCGUGGCUUGGAUGAAAGAGAUAGAAGAAAAGCUUGCUAGCGCAAAACCUGUCAUGUCGGAUGAUGAUACCAUUAGAGAACUGAAGAGAGAGCACAAGCCAAUCUUGGAAGAAAUACGAGAGCACGAGCCUGUGUACCAAGCCAUAAAAGCUGCUGCCGACAAUAUCUUGUCCAGCGCGAAGCCUGGCAAAGAUCGCGACCGCGUCGAUCAACACAUGAAACACAUACAAACGAGAUGGGAGAAACUUCAGAAGACCUCCGAGGACCGACAGACAAUGUUGGAGAAGAUCGAGCCUGUCGCAGAAAAGUAUCUCGAGAUAAUGAAAGAACUGGUUCCAUGGCUGUGUAUCACAGAGAAGAAACUUGACACGCUUAAAUCUAUACCCUGCAACAAAGAUGGACUCAAUUUGUACGAAAAGAACUUAGACGAGGUCGAGAAAGAACUCAUUGAGCACGAGUCGUCACGACAGAAACUCAACGACCUCACUACUUCUAUCCUAGAAAUCCAGCCUUUUGAUGUGGAGUUCGUCAGAAGUGAAGUACAAGGGGUAAAUGAGAGGUUCGAUGAAGUGAAAUCGUUGCUGAAUAAGAAGAAAGAGAAUCACGAGAAGAUGAAGGAGCUGUGGAAUACUUUCCAUGAUAGUAUCAUCAGCAUUGAAGCAUUGGUUGUUGAAGGGCUGAUCCUAUGCGCCUACGAUACCCCGCUAUUGGACAUCGAGCGCCUUAGACAAGAAUUAGAGUUGAUUCACGCGAUUUUCAUCACGCUAGAGGAACAGACUCCCGCGCUAAACGUAACGGAAGACUUGGCGCAGCAGUUGAUGGAUCUUCUAGAGAAGGACUCUUCUAAUGUAGUUAUCAUCGAAGAGAGGGUCACCAACAUGUUUAUUCGAUUUGAAGGGAUACAGAAUGCCCUAGAGAAGCGACAAGUCCAACUUGARAAUCACCUGGAGCACCUCACUCGAUUCAAGGAAUGUGAUGAGGAACUUAACAACUGGUUCGURGCCAUGGCUAAGGUGAUAGACGAGYKGCAUCCUAUCAGCACGGAACCAGAAGUGGUCAAGAAACAACUACACGACGUUGAGGAACUGUUGGAUUCRGUGCAGGAGAAAAGACAAGUGCUUGAUACUGAACAGGAGGCUGGGAUUAAGCUGAUGGAGUCGAACAAGGAAGAUGACCGUGUCACUGUCGAGGUGGUCUCUACUCUGAGUAAAGCGCACACCAAGAUGGAUCGUAUCGCCAACAAACUGGACGAUCGUCGCGACAGGCUCCAGAGUAUUAUGCUUGAGUGUCAGGAUAUUCAUUUAUCCUUGGCUGACUUCCUCAACGAUCUGGCAGGAAUCGAGGAAGAGUUUGCUGGAAUGAGACCCGUCUCUGCUGUACACGACACUCUCAAAGAACAAGAGCGCGAGUUUAAGAUGCUUAAAGAAGACGUGAUAGAGAACGAUGAUCUUGCCCAGGAACUCAUAUCUCGUACUGAACAGCUCAUCGAAAACGCUGAACCAAGCCCUGACCGAGAYAGUCUGGAACAAAAACUCCAAGACAUCAAAGCUAGAUGGGGAGCUGUUAAGAGCAAGACCGCUGACCGAGAGGUCGAUAUAACAAGCCACGCCCCAGUUCUCCAUAACUACUAUACUCACGUUGAACCCUUCACYGAUUGGCUGACAGCCAUGGACAAGAAAGUGUCCAAUCAGGACCCAGUAUCAUGCGACAGCAAGACGAUUGAUAGACAAGUMGAACAAGCGAAGAAACUGAAACAGCAGCUUGAAGAUCACGUGCCAGAUUACGAGAAGCUCAAAGACCUCGCUUCKGACGUCAUCRAGAGUCAACCGGACGAUGUGUACGUGGUGGAAGCACAGAUUCAGUAUCUGAACAAAUUGUGGGAUAGCGUGAGCCUGAGGUUGAAUGACAGGGURCGUCAGACUACGUCAGUGAGRGAGCUGGUYGAACARUAYGAAGAAAACAUCYUGCCYGUACACGAGCUGUUUACUCGUGCUGAGGAUGGUAUUGUUCCCAUGGAGACGGUUGGAUGUGACGUCGAAAAGGCCAAACGGGAACUCAGUAACACUAAGGCGUUGAUUAACACUCUAGACUCACGCAAACCAGACGUCCAACAAGCUGUCAAGAUUGGUCAAAAUCUGAUCACCUCUGCCGACAGCGAUUCACCAGACGUCAGUCUGUUGCGCAAAGAAGUAGGUGUACUACUGGGCACCCACGAUGAGCUCAAAGAACUCCUACAAGACCAAGAGUCCAAGCUACAAAAGAUCGUCGAUAAGGGAACAGUCUUCAAUACCGAAAUGAAAGAACUACAACAGUGGGUCGAUGAGACUACAGAAAUGUUUGCUGUUCAGGAACCAAUCAGUACAAAUCCCAARGUCGUCAACAAGAAACUUGAACAAAUCGAGGCUCUUCAAGAUGAAAUUGCCAAACAACGAGCUAAUCUUGAUCGAAUGGAAGGCGUUGGAAGAGAGCURAUCUCAGCAACCGGCGAAAAUCCAUUCGYUGUCGCAGAAGUACAGUGCAAACUAACCAGAGUGCGUGCGCAACUCGAUCGCCUYGAUGCACGAAUGGAACAACGACGAGAAAUACAACAACAAGUYCUUCUACAGCUUCAAGUUUACGAUGUCACUCGUGAAGACUUCAUUAACGAUCUUGCUGAGCUGGAGACAAAACUGGAGAACGCUCGACCAGCUUCUGCUAUCUUCUCGGUUGUCGACGAGCAGAAAGACAACAUGCAGUAUUUCAUACUGAAUAACAUCACGAAGAAGGAACCAGUUUUCGAGAAGUUGAUAGAGGAAGGAGAAAGAAUGCUAGCGAAGAUGGAACCCGGUGAUGACAAAGAACAACAUCAACAGAAACUCGAAGAAACGAACGCUCGCUGGCAGGCGUUCAAAGACAAGGCCGACAGCAUGCAGGAGAAAAUCGAUGAAGUCCACGAAGCUGCGGGACAAUACGAGAAGAAGAACGACAAAUUCAAAUCUUGGUUGGAUGAGACAGAAAAGAAGCUUGGUAAGAUUAAAGUGAAGUCGUACACUCCUGAAGACGCAGACAAGACUUUAGAGGAGUUGGAGAAGAUCUUAAAUGAUGUGUUCUGCCAUGAACCACACUUUGAGGAUUUGAAUUCUGCUGCGGAUACUGAUGUAGAAUGUAGUCAAAUCGAUGGUGAUGUUGUGAAGGCUGAGUUUGUUAAAGUCAAGAAUCGCUGGGAUGCUCUUAACGCAAACGCCAUGAAGAAGAAAGAAGAAGCAGAAGAAGUGAAAGAAGCAUUGGAUAAGUACUACAGUGCCUUGCAGCCAGUGCAAGAAGCGUUCACCCAAGCGGAAGUCGUUCUCGAGGCCUCUGAGCCUUUGGGAACCAAUGUAGAUAAGAUCAAAGAGGAGCUUGAUCAAGUCAAAGCCCUGAGAUCUACUUUUGAUGAUCGUAAACCGGAUAUCAAAGAGAUGAACCAGUCAGGGAACAAACUGCUCUCAGGUGAGGAAUGGUCACCUCUUAACGUUGAACUGAAAGAGAAACUUGACCUCACCAACAAGAAAGCCAAAGAAACUCCAGAAAGGCUUCAGGAGCGUGAAAAGGCGCUAGAGAAGGCUCUGGAAGAUGCAACCGAAUUCAACACCGUUCUURCUGACAUUGAAAACUGGCUACCAACUGAACAAGAAAAGAUCGAACAACUCGACCCUGUAAGUACAGAUCCUGACAGAAUCAAGGCUCAAAUCAAGGACACGGAUGAUGCUCUAGAGGAAAUCAAGCAUUACCUUGUUAAGCUCCAUCAACUUGAAGAUGUUGGACAGAGAUUGAUAGAAGACAAUGUCCGCGACCCCGACACUGUUAAUGACAUCCAAAACAAGAUUGACAAGGUCAGAACACCUCUGGAGAAACUUUGCGGUAAGCUAGAACAAAGAAGCGCAAGACUUCAGAACGCGGCAAUGCAGUCUCAAGAAUUCCAAGACUCUUACGAUGACUUCGUUGCGCGUCUUGGAAACAUUGAAGAUCAACUUGUUAGUGAAGCACCAGUUUCACCUGAAUAUCAAGAGACCAAGAAACAAAAAGAAGAUAACGAGGAGGUGCAAGACCUUAUUGAUCAACAAGAGCCUAUAUUUGAAAACCUCUUGAAGACGGGCGAGAAAGUACUGGAAAACACUGAACCUGGAGAUGAGAGACGAGCCGUGGAGAAGAAGAUUGCUGAGCUGAAAGAACGYUGGCAGAAGACAAAGGACAAGGCAGCUGAACGCGACCAAAGAAUUGAGUCUGUUCUUCCAGAUGCACGAGAAUAUCACAAGGCACAAAGUGCGUUUGAGCCGUGGCUUGUCGACGCUGAAAAGCAAGUUUCAGAAAUYAAGAUCAAAUCUAGUGAUCCCGAUGAAAUCGCGAAACAGUUGAAGGUACUGACAGACUUGAAGGACGACGUCGAGAAACACAGACCAGAAUAUGACUCACUAAAUACUGCAGCUGAAUCUUUGAUUGACAAGUGUCAUGACAACAACUACGUCAUCGAUGCACAGAAAAAAGACUUAAGCAAGCGCUGGAAUGCUUUGUUGAGGGAUAUCGAAGAUAAAGAAGAAAUGCUUAGUAAUGCUAAAAAUGCAUCUGACAGGCUUAAGGAUGACAUCCAAUGCGUGGAGGCCGCUGUACAGAAGGCCGAGAACACAUUGGAAACUUGCAAAGCGCCAAAGAUUGAACCCGAGAACGUUAAGAGAGAUCUCUCAGAUGUUGAAGCCGCACUUCAGGCCCUGGAGGAAUGCGAGCCACAGAAAAAGGAGGCAGAUGAACUGGCCCACAAACUUCUCGACCAAAUGGAGGAGACUUCUACUGACACUGUGGUCCUGAAACAACAAAUGGAUAACUUGAAUGACAAAUAUGCUGACGCGCUGAACAAAACCAAAGACAAGAAAACCCAGCUGAAGAAGGCGUAUGUCCUGAUCGUCGAGUUUGUUGAGAUCUACGAAGAAAUUACCAUCUGGAUUGAAGAAACCACUGUUGCUGUUGACACUGCACAAGAAAUCAGCAGUAAUCCUGUAGUGGUGAAGACCCAGCUUGCAGACGUCGARCAGUUGCAGGACAGCGUGGCRGCCAAGAAGCGCGACCUCGUAAAAGCAGAAGAUAUCGGAGAAGAACUCGUAGAAUGCUGCGAGAACAAUCCCAACRUCUUGGCCGAGGUCAACAUGAAAUUGGCCAAGAUCAAAACACCAUUAGACAACAUCGCCGCUAAAGUUGAUGACAAACAAGCCAAACUGCAGAUGGUCGUKUUGCAAACACAGGAAUUCCAAGAAACAUUGGAAGACUUUGUAGAAAAACUGUCUAAGAUUGAGGAUSACCUAGCGCGCAUGCUCCCUGUUUCGCCGGUAUACAACGUCGUUCGUGAUCAAGUCCACGAGGUCGAACAAGUUUCUGAUGACGUCAAACAGCUUGAACCUGUCUUUGGGCGAGUAUCKAGUUGCGGGCUGGACGUUCUGGAGUCGCUGGAGCCUGGUGAAGAGAAAGAUAAACUAAAAGACAAACUAGCAGAGAUUGAAGAACGAUGGAACGACGUGAAGGAGAAAGUCGAGAGUCGAAAGGCCAAACUAGAUGAAGUCACUCCUGACUCGAAAAAUUACCAUGAUAACCACCAGGCCGUGUUGCCAUGCCUCGAAGACGCAGAAAGAUAUCUAGCUGCUGGAGAACCCAUUCCUUGUGAAGAAAAGAGCCUCGCACGAGAAGAGAAAGCUCUACAGGAACUACUAGACAGCGUUGAAGCCAAGAAACCAGUUGUCGAAGAAYUCAACAAUACCGCUGAGUCUUUGGCCGACCUCUGCGAGAAUCCAGAAGUGACGCAAGCGGAAGUCAAGGACUUCAACAAGAGGUGGAAUGCUGUGGUUGAUGGCUUGAAUAACAGGAAACAGCAAGUUGAAGACGUGAAGGAAAAGAUGAAGGAACUGAAUAGCGUGAUGGAACCUGUGGAGGAAACACUUGAUCAGGCACAGCCCAUCUUGGAGGCACCGGCAUCGUAUGGUGCUGAUGUUAAGAAGAGUGAGGACGAACUGCAAAAGAUUGAGGAACUCCUAGAGUCUCUUUCUGAACAAGACCCAGGCGUGAAGUCCCUCAAAGACAACGUCGAUUCCCUGAUGGACCAAGUGGACGAGAGAUCACCAGAUGCUGUUCGAGUCAAACAAGACGUCGACGAAGUCGGCAACCGAUAUGACGACGUGAUUGCUAAACUCACUGACCGCAAAGCACGACUUGAAGAAGACAUUGCUAACGCCAAAGAAUUCAACGAUGCCUUGAAAGACCUCAAUGAUUGGUUACCUGACAUCCAAGAACGCGUUGCUCAGCAACAGCCAAUCAGCACCGAGCCGGAAACAGUGAAGAGUCAACUCGAGGAAGUCCAGCUUCUCAAGGAUGAUAUCGCUAAUCACAAAGCGCUCCUGCAGAAGGCAGAAAACGAUGGCCAAAAGCUCAUCACAAGCAGCAAGAACAACCCCGCGGUCGUGGCGGACGUGUACGGYAAGCUGAACAAAGUACGAACCGCCUURGACUCUCUUGCAGCCAAGGUCGACCAAAGGCAAAACAAACUGCAGAAUGUCCUCUUGCAAAGCCAGGAAUUCCAGGUCUCGUUCGAGGACUUCCUGGACAAACUGGCCAAGGUUGAGGAACAGGUUGCAGAACUGGAACCCGUGUCUGGAAUUCAUGAAACUGCCAAGGAACAGAGUCAGAAGCACAAGGCCAUMCGAGACGCUGUAUCUCAGUUGGAACCAGUCUACAAUCAGCUCAUGAAGGCCGGGGGGAAUGUACUCGACACWUCAGAACCUGGACCCGACCGAGACRCACUAGAACAAAAACUACACGACACUACAACGAGAUUCGACGCUGUUAAAGACCACRCCUCUGAUCGCCAGGAACGGCUAGACAAAGUAGUACCGUUGUCAAGRAAACACAAGUACGAGAGUCAGACKUUCAAACCAUGGCUGAGCAGUGCCGAAAAACGACUCGCCGCUAUYGAYCCUGAAACUUGCGACAAAGCGACUCUUGAUAAACACAUGAAAACGUUGAAAGAUCUGGAYGAGGAGGUGGAAGACCGYAAACCAGACUUACAAGAGUUGAACGACACAACGGCUGAUCUAGUCGAGACUUGUCAGGCCGAUAAAUUCAUCAUUGAGGGCGACGCCCAAGAUGUCAAUAAACGCUACGAYAGUCUCGGCGACGGCGUCGAUAAAAUGAAAAAGAAGAUCGAAGAAGUUAAAGACGCUGUAGAAAAGUACGAGGAUUCUGUUGUACCUGUAGAAAAAUCGCUGGAGGAGAUAGAAAAGGCGAUAGCUUCACACGAACCUGUUGGAAUCGACCUAGAGAAGGGUAAAACCGACCAGAAGGAAAUAGAUGACUUAUUCGAGAAGCUGGAAGAUCUGAAGAGUGAGGUGGAAAAGGCUAAGGAUGCUGGAGCAGAACUUGUUGAUGCUUUGGRYGAGAAGUCUCCUAAGGCAGCAGAAGUGAAAGAUAAUGUAGACGCCCUGGCAGAUAAGUACAAAGAUUUACAAGCAAAGCUCAACAACCACAAGAAGAAGGUUGACGAGGAGAUCAAGAUGGCUGAAAAGUUCAAUGAUGCUUUGCAAGAUCUCGAGGAAAAGUUGCCAGAUAUUCAGGAAGCCGUGGCAGCUCAGGAACCAAUCAGCAGUGACCCUGAUGUUGUCAAGAAGCAGCUACAAGACGCUGAGGAUCUACGGGAUCAAAUAGCCAAAUGCAAGGCAAUACUUGACUCUCUAGAGGAUACUGGAAAAGAUAUCAUUGACGAAAGUAACGAAGAUCCGCGAGUCGUCAAGGACAUUCGCGGCGAACUAAACAAAAUCACAUCACCCAUCGAUGUAAUCGCACGCAAGGUCGGUGAUCGUCAAGCUAAGCUACAAAACGUAUUGCUACAGUGCCAGGAAUUCCAGGUCUCUUUUGAUGACUUCCUGGACAAACUGGACGACUUGGACACCAAGGUUUCUUCUCCAGAUCCCAUCUCUGCCGUUCUCGAUUCUGUUAAAGAACAGAAACAAGAAAACGAGGCAAUACGAGACGCCAUCCUCGUGCAGGACCCAGUUUUCCAGAAGCUCGUGAAAGCUGGCGAAGCUGUACUUGAAAACCUUGACGAUGAGCAGGAAAAGAAAGCGCUAGAGAAAAAGAUCUCAGACAUGAAGACCAGAUUCGAGGAUGCGAAAAAGAAGACAGAUGRCAGACAGAAUAAACUCGAGAAAGUCGAAGAAGAAGCGCAGAAAUAUCGAGAUGAGAUUGAACCACUAUCAGACAUGCUAGCUAAAGCCGAACAACAAGUAAAGGACUUCGAACCUUUAUCUUGCGAUCGAGAAAAACUGGCCAAACAAAAAGAAUUGCUCCAUAAAAUCCAAAAUGCCGCUGAAAAUCUGAAAUCUGGUGUACCUGGAGUACAAGAUAAUGCUSGCGCAUUACUCAACGAUGCCGAGAAGGACAAGCACGUAGUGGAAGAAGAGGUUGACGAUCUUGUGAAGAGAAUAGAAAACCUCAAGGCUGCACUCGACGACCGAGAAGAAAAACUUGGUGAAGUUCAACUAGCUGCUGAAGACUACCACGUCACAGUUGCUCAGGUGGAGGAUGUAUUUGCGAGUGCUUACGAUGAYGUUGAUGCGCCCGCUGUCUUCGGGGUAGACUCGGACAGGGCAGCAGAACACCUCAAUAAAAUAAAGGCCAUGAAAGAAAAUCUUGGUGCAAAACAAGCCGACCUAGAUAAAGUCAAUCAGUCUAGUGAAGCACUUCUUCAGAGAGUCCACGAAGACUCUGACGACCAUACAGUCAUCGUAGAAAAAGUCUCCGAACUUUCAUCCAAGUACGCAGAUCUGCAGGAUAAACUCAAAGCCCGAGAAGAACAGCUCGCCGUAGAGGUAGGGAAAGCAAGUGAGUUUAACGACAAAGUYAAGGAGCUGGAUGAUUGGCUGGAUGGAGCGAAGAAGCAAUUGGCUAAUGUUGGACCGAUAGGUACUGAUCCUGAAGCAGUCAAGAAGCAGCUUGAAGAACUGGAGAACCUAAAGGCCCAACUUGAGGACCACAAACCAACCCUAGAGGACGCGAACGAGCUUUGUGAUUGGCUGACAGACAAAAACAAGGACCAGCCCUUAGUUGUCGCAUCAAUCAAAGACAAGCUAGACAAAGUCGAACAGCCCUAUAACGAUCUUAGARCUAAGAUCCUAGACCUUGAAGGCCGGCUACAAGCAGCGCAGAUGARGACGCAAGAGUUCCAAGUGUCGUUUGACGACUUCAAAGACAAACUUGGUGAAAUGGAGGGGCUUGCUGCAAAGAUGGAGCCAGUGUCUGCUGUCUAUGACACCAUAAAAGAGCAGCAGAAGAAUGAUGAGGAACUUACACAGAAGAUCAAACAACAAGAGCCUGUUUUCGAGCAGCUCAUGAGAAGCGGCAACGACCUGUUGGAGAGUACAGAACCAGGUGCAGAGAAAGACGAACUGGAUAAAAAACUCGACGACAUGAAAGAACGCUGGGACGACGUGAAGGCUAAAGCCAAGGACCACAACGACCGCGUUAACGAUGCUGUACCAGAAGCUACAAAGUACAAAGAAGCAKUUGAAUCUCUUUCACCAUGGCUAGCAGAAGCGGAAGAGAAGGUCGACUCACUAGAACCCAUCCUGACGGAUGAGAAAUCUUUGAAAGAGCGCGAAGAGCUUGUCAGUACGCUAAGGGAAGAGAUUGACGACCACAAACCAGAAAGAGACACGACCGAGGAGAAAUCAAAGGCAUUAAUGGACUUGACCGACACCGAUAAAGAUGAUGUUCUAUCCGAGGCGAAAGAUAUCACUGACAGGUACGACAGGUUGGAAGCUAAAUGCGCUGAUAAAGAAAAAGAGCUACAAGAUGUGAAGAACGCACUGCAAGACUAUAGAGAGGCCCUUGAACCUAUCCAGGAAUUACURGACAAAGCAGAAAACAAGAUCGAUGAUGAAGAACCUAUCAGUGGUGACUUGGAGAAGAACAAAGAUGAACUGGAAAAGAUAAAGGAAUUGAAGRACAAGCUUGAAGAAGCGAAGGACCAACUCGACGCCCUUAAAGAUGCCGAAGCCAAAGCCAAAGCAGCGGACGCCGUAAAGAGCGCAGAAGGAGAUCCAUCGCCACUCGACAAAGAACUAGAAGACGUCAAGRAGAAGUAUGAAGACUUGCUCGCCAGAGCUGCAGCUCGAGAAGACGAACUCAAUAAUGCGAUAAAUCAAGGUGGUAAACUAAAGGAUAUCAUCAUCGAGAUCCAGGAAUGGGUUGUCAUCACUGAAGAGAUCGUGGAGACCUGGGAACCAGUUAGUACUGAUCCUGACACGGCUAAGAAGCAACUGGAUGACGUCAAGAAAAUCGAAAAACAACUGGACGAAAAGAAAGAAGCGUUUGCAAAGGCCAAAGAAAUCCAGGAAGAAAUAACAUCGACAUCACAAGAUCCCGUCAUGGCGGCAGAUCUUGACGCACAGCUUACCAAGCUCGAAGACAGCCUUAACUCUCUGGACGACAAGCUGAAAUCAAGAGAGAACAAGCUGGAUGGUGUCAUAUUUCAGGGUGAUGCCUUUGAGAGCGACUUGGAUGAUUUCUUGAGAUGGUUGACCAAAGCUGAACGAAWUCUGGYCCAACUGAGACCUGUGUCGGCAGAUGCAGAUACAGUCAAACAACAGAAAGACGAGUACCAGCCAAUCCACCAAGAAAUCUUGGAAAAAGAACCAGUUUACGAAGCUCUGCUGGAAUCAGGAGAGAACCUCAAAAACGCUAGCGAAGUUCAAGAAGAKAAAGACAACUUGAGCGAAAAACUCGAUAAUCUCAACCAAAGAUGGACCGAACUCAAGUCCAAGUCAGCCGAACGGGACGCAGCUCUUGACGAAGCUGUUGCAGCUACGGCUGAGUACCAGGAUCUCCGCGAUAAGUUCUUGCCGUGGUUAGAUGAGACAGAGAAAGCCUGUGGCGAGGUCCAGCCAUCGUGUGACCCUGAAGAACUGAAGGCUCAAGAAGAGAAAAUUAAGGAACUUCAAGCCAACGUGAACGAACAUGAACCUGACCAUAACGCCCUCGAUGACUCCGCCAAAAAAGUUAUCGUAAUCUGUGUCGAAGAAGUGASCGUCAUCGAAGACGAAAUCCUGGUCAUCGAUACAAGAUGGAACGAUCUGAACAAAAACCUCAAAGACAAAGCAGACCAACUGGAAAACCUUCAAAAUCAACUCCAGAAAUACCAAGGGACACUGAAGCCCGUUGAGGAGAAGCUGGGUGAGCUGGAAAGCAAAGCUGAAGUAGAAAUGGUUCCAAUAGCGRACUUGGACAAGGCAAAGGAGCAGGAACAAGAACUAAAGGACAUGUUAGAAGACUUUGAGAAGAUGAGUCCAGAUCUCGCUGAUGCUAUCGAGACAGGUCAGGAUAUCUUGGACAAUAAUCCAGAAGUAGACACUGCUCCAGUACAACGUGAAAACGAAGGAUUGAAAGAGAGGUCUGAUGAUCUGAAGAACGCGCUUAACGAUAAGUUAGAGAAAGCAACUGCGCUGGUGGCUGAUUUGGAGAAUUAUUCUGCCAAGGAGAAGGAGCUAGAGGAAGGAAUAGAGAAGGUUAAUGAAGAGUUGGAGCAGAACAAACCAAACAAGUUGGACUUGGAUACCGUYAAACAACAGCUUGAGAAUACCAAGGCUCUCAAGGAUCGUCUCGAUGAAAUGCAACCUCUAUAUGAUGACGUAAACAAAUGCGCCCAAGACCUGAUCAGCGAAGGGCUUGGAUCCGAUCCAGCUUUUGUCAARCAGAUGACCAAUGAUGACAAAGCAUGGCACGACGUCAAUGACGCCGCAGCCAAUCAAAUCAAAGAUCUAGAGGCCACUCUGGAUCAGCUAGAAAAGAUACAAGAUUCACUUAAAGRCGCAGACGAAGCGAUUGGUGCAUUUGAAGAGAAGGUUAAGAACCAACCUCCGAUAGCAACAGACGUAGAGGCAAUUGAAAAACAGAUGGAAGAACUUAAGGAGCUUCAGAAAGAAGUUGAAGACCUUAGCGAGAAGAUCACAGACUUGAAUGAUCAAAAAUACCGACUCGCCAUCACCAACCCUACGGCAGACACAAGCGCUAUUGACGCUGCCAUCGCAGACCUCAACGAACGACUCCUGGGUGCAAACCAAGGUCUCUCUGAACGACAGACCGGCCUCGAACAGGCCUUGCUGCAGUUUGGAAAGUUCCAUGAUGCAAUGGAAUCGUUGUUGCAAUGGAUUGAAGAAACGAGAGAUCUCUUGGAGAGCCAAGGAAGUGUGUCAGCCGCUGAACCUAAAGUAGUGAAGGCGCAAAUGAAUGAACAAAAGCUUUACGUUAAGAUGAUAGCAGAUCGCAAAUCUGCAGUGGAAUCCUUACAAGAAACAGGACGAGAGAUCCUUAAGACAGCAGAYGAGGACAAGAAGGCAGCGCUAGAAGUUGGUCUAGCUGACCUUAAUUCAAAGUGGGUCGACUUAARCGAACUUGUAGAAGCCAGGCAGAAACAGCUGGAUGAGGCUCUGGAGGCAUCGCAGAAGUUUGACGAUCUCUACAAAGAAGCCAGCAAGAAGCUCUCUGAAGCGGAUAAUCAACUCAAAGAUGAUGAGUUCGACRCUGCUAAAGCUUCUCCAGAGGAGGUUAAAGAACAGCUUGAAAAAUUAGAGGAGAUAUGCAAAGUCAUCGAUUCCCUAGAACCCCUAAUCAAAGACACUCUCAAAGCCGGAGACGAUCUUCUUCCACACUGUGAUGACGAYGAUAAAGAUCUCGUCAAGAUGAAAAUGGAUAACCUAAAGAACAAAUACAAAGAUCUUCUGCGCAGCUCUGACGAAAAGCGCGCCAAAGUAAAGGAAGCCAAACAGCUUUCUGAKAAGUUUUUCGGCGAGAAGGAUGACCUAAUGACCUGGUUUGACGAGAUGGAAAAGAAGUUGUCUGAUGCCAAAGCAGAAGGACAAGAAGCAGAGGACGAGCAGGCGAAACUUAAGGAAUUACAGCAGGCUAUUGCAGACAAAGAAGCCACAAUCAAAGCUAACAAGCAAACCGGUGACAGUCUGAAGAAACUUGUAUCAGAAGACGAAGCACCAAAAGUGGAAACAGUUUCCGAUGAAGUCAACGAAAAAUGGAGAUCUCUGUGCUCCGACGUGGAGGAUCUGGCCAAAUCUAUGUUCUCUACCAAAGAACGAGUCGACGCAUUCCAAGCUGGUCUAGAGGACAUUGAAAAAUGGUUGAAGGAGACUGAAGAAACGAUAACAGCACUUGAUCCUGUCGCUGUUGAACCUGAGAAAGUGAAAGAACAACUAGCCAAGCAAACGCCUCUUAACACAGACGUCGCUUCCCACCAGAAUCCCGUGAAGUCAGUAUGUGAAACUGGUGAGCAGCUUCUGAUCGCGCUCAAAGACGACGAACAGGCCGCUCUUAAAGAAAAACUCGACGACAUUAAACAGCGAUACAAAACUGUCAGCAGCGAUACGUCAACAAGACAGGCGCAUCUUGUAGAAGCUCUCCUUCUGUCUCAACAAUUCCGGGACAUUUAUAAGGAGUGUGUCACGUGGCUGGAUCGAUGUGAGGAGAGUUUGAAGGUGUUGGACGAAGAGGGACAUUCCUCGGAGCUGCAGCAAGAAAGAAUUAAGACCAUCCAAGAAGGCAUCUCUGCCUUAAGAAGCCUGAUCAACCACAUCGAAGAUACAGGCAGUGACCUGACACAGCUUAGUGGACCAGGCGAAGGAUCUUCCUUCAUUGAACACAAGGUCACAGAGUGUCGUGAGAGAUAUGACAGACUCUACCAGCUGACAGAAGAGAGGGGUAUCAAGAUAGGUAUCACCAUGCAGCAGGAAGAACAGAUUGAACAAAAACUAGAGGAACUGAUGUCUUCCUUGGAGAAGAGGAAAGAGGACUUCAGUARUAUCGAACCUGUUGGGGUUCAACCUGAAACUAUCAAGGAACAGAUGGAAAUGAUGAAGGCGUUACAGACGGAGUUCCAGCCAGAAAAAGCCUCCGUUGAUGAAACAAAAACAGCUGUUGAAGCUAUCGUGGCCCUGAGUCCCGACUCUAAGACAUCCCAACUCGUCAAAGACAAACUAAACAAAGUAACAACAUUGGCUGGUGAGAUACAAGAUCUGUACGAUGAACGAGAUAAGGCAUUGGAGAACUCACUUGUAGCCAGCGAGAAGUUCUGGCCAGGUCUUGAGGAACUGAAACACAUCUUGAAGGACAUUCAAGAGAGUUUGGACAAUGAAGACCUUCCUGCUGCAGAACUGGAGGCGCUGGCAGAGCAGAAGACUGAGCACGAGGAACUCCGCAAAGAACUCGACGCGCACAGUGGACUAGUAACAGCCCUUUGUGAAGCGAGCCCUGUUCUCGUUCAUUCCUGCAGUCCUAGCGACCGCGUUCUCGUUCAGAGUGAACUCAACCAAGUCACAGAGCAAUGGGAGUCGAUUUCCUUGUCCUGGAAGAAGAGGACGAUAGAUCUGGAUGAAGUCCAAGUGACAGCCGAGCAAUUCCAUGCAUCCUACGAUGCCAUGAUUGARUGGCUYGAUAAGAUGGAACAGAGGUUGAGCAACCAACCACCAGUUGGCACCGAGUUGGAUGUAGUGAAAGAACAGCUCAAGGUCCACAAGGCGUUCCACAAAGAACUGAUUCCACACCAGAAAGAAGUAACCGAGGUUAACCAACAGGGUAACGUGCUGACAGAAAGAUGUCGACACGAAGAUUCUGACCUAGUUGCAGCGCAGCUCGAGGAAGUCAACAUGCGCUGGGACGAUCUGUGUAAUCAAACCAACGAAAGGCAACAGAAGCUUGAGGAAGCACUACUACAGCUGGGACAAUUUCAACUGGCCUUGGAGGAACUCUUGGUGUGGCUGAAACAAACUGAUAAGAAUCUUGACGAACAGCUUGGUAAACCUAUACAGGGAGAUGUCAAGUACAUCGAGAUUGAGCUUGCUAAACAUAAGAUCUUACAAAACGACAUCCUCUCACAUGAGCCGUCCAUAAMAUCAUUAUCUCGGGCAGCGCAAAACCUACUCGAGUCUGGAGACGCCCAGAUCGAACCAACAGAACUGGAAGGCAAAGUAAACAAUCUGAAAGCCACAUGGGAAGAUGUGCUUGCUAAGUCUGCCAAACGACAGGCAGAACUAGAAGCCGCCCUGGAAGCAUCGCAUAGUUUCUUGAGUCAAAUCAAGGAAUUGCGUGGAUGGUUGAAUGAAGCAAGUGAAUUUUUGAAGUCGAGGAAAUCCAUCGGUGGCAGACCGGAAAGCGCUGCCAAGCAGCUCAAUAAACACAAGGAUUUCAUGGCUGUUGUCGAGAGUCGCCAAGCAAUCUACGACAAAAUCGUCGAGACCGUCGAGCAGCUCGUGGAGAACGCAGACCCAACAACAGCUGCCAACUUACAACGACAGCUAGAAGAGCUGAAGGAAUCCUGGAAUCAUGUCCAAACACAGGCCAACGAAGAGAACGAAAAGCUAAAAGAUGCUCUUGAGAACGCUAAAGAUUUGGACGAGAAGACGAGCGCCAUUGACCUGUGGUUGACGCAAGUCGAAGAAACCAUCUCGCUGUUUGAAGACCCGAGUACCAUCUUGGAGACCUUACAGAAGCAACGCGUCAGUUACAAGGAACUUAAAGAGGACAUCGACGCUCAUCGCGAACCAUUCAGGAGCAUGAAACUGCUGUCCCAUAAGAUCACAGACGUCUGUAUCCAAGAAGACGCAAUCUACAUCGAAGCGGAAGUGACAUCAUUAGAAAAGCGCUGGAAGGAGGUCCUAACCACCUCUAGCAGCCGUAAGAAGUCUCUUGAGGAGAACUAUAGACUCUCUCACAAGUUCUUCAAUGGCGCAGCGGAUCUGUUGAAGAUGCUAGACGAAGCUGAGAACACUUUGAAAUUGGAGGAACCAAUAGGAGUAGACCCUGCCCAUCUCAGGCAACAGUUGAAGAGCCAUAAGGAGUUCCAGAGCAUGCUCGGUGCWAACCAGACUGCCCUCGACUCGACCAUCAAGGUGGGGAAACUGCUGAUGGACAAGAGUAAUGAUGACGACGCGCUUACCAUCGAAGCAAAGAUCGCUGACCUGAAGGCACGCUGGGACGCAGUUUGUGGACUCUCAGUGGAGAGACAACAAAAGCUGGAAGAAGCAUUGCUGUUCACUGGAAUGUUCCAGGAUGCUUUGCAGUCUCUCCUGGACUGGCUUACCGCGGUAGAACCAAGUCUAUCUACCGAGACUGCCGUGAUGGGUGACCCAGAGACUGUAAGAAUAUUGAUUGACAAUCACAAGACCUUCCAACGCGAGCUCGGUCGCCGCGAGGCAAACUACGAAUCAGUCAUGAAAGCUGGUCGAGCAAUGAUCGACGAAAAUAAGGUCGAAGAACCACAGCAGCUCGAAGAGAAGCUCAACGACCUGCGCAUGCGCUGGGAUGCGGUCGUCGCCAUGUCCAGCACAAAGGAAGAUCGUUUGGAUAAUGCGCUUGUACUAGCCAAAGAAUUUGAUUCGUCCGUCAAGACAGAGCUACGCAUCUUGAAGCAGUUUGAAGACAAUCUGCGUGAAUUGGGACCCAUUUCCGAAGACUUGGAGGAGAUACAAGAMCAACUAGAAAAACACAAGACGUUCCACGACGAACUCAAAGCCGAAGAAAUCAACGUCCAAUCGGCCAUCAGGAAAGGACAGGUUAUCCUUCGCUUCUGCCAUCCAAGCGCAACCCAGAUCAUCCAACAAUGGCUUGCACGCCUCAAUAAGAGAUGGGACGAGGUGUGGAAAUGGUCGACACAGCGAMUGAACCGCCUUGAAGAAGAACUAAAGAAACUGGGAGAAGAGAAAUCGUUGAUGGAUGAACUGUUGAAGUGGAUCGAAGAGAAAUCAGACGAGCUGAAUGAGAAGGAGAAAGAACCGAUACCUGAUGAAGAUUACGAUGAAAUCCAGCUCUUACUCGACGAACACAAGGUGUUCCAAGAAGAAAUGGCCAAGAAACAGCCAAAUUACGACCGACUGACUAAAGCAGUCAAACGCCGUCAAUCCACCACUCCAACUAAAACACCAGAGGUAAAACAAACUCCGCCACGCCGUGGAGUUAGGAUCCCGAGACCAGCCGGGGUGACUCCGGUAUCCCGUGAGAGAUCCCGAGACAAGCUGAGCAGUCCUGCGAGUUCGUUUACGCGGGAGAAGGAACGUACGCCUUCGUUCACACGAUCUGGUUCGAAUAAUCAUCAUCCAGCAGUGUCGCAUCUGUCUAAGAAAUGGCAGCAUUUGUGGCUGUUGUCGAUGGAGAGACUACGAAGGCUACAGGAAAAACUCGAACGCAUUGCUAUCAAACGCGCCUCUGAAAAAUUCGACUUUGUUGAAUGGAAGAAAAGGUUCAAAGGGUGGCUGCAUGACAGCAAGUCACGUGUUCUCGAUAUCUUCCGUCGCAUGGACCACGAUCGUGAUGGCAAACUGACUCGCGAACAGUUCAUCUCAGGCAUAUUAAACACAAGCUUUCCAACUGAGCGUUGGGAGAUGGAAAUUGUCGCAAGUAUGUUCGUCCGUGACGGUCUCAUUGACUACAAGGAGUUCGUUAAUGCACUUAAAGAUAAACCAGCAACAAAGAAACCAGAAAAACCCAAGAGCGAAGGACACCUAAUCAUGUCGGAGAUCGACAACCUGGUCAAACAGUGUUGCUGCGCAAGACAAUUUCAAUAUGUCAAAGUGGCAGAUAACAAGUACAGGUUUGGUGAUUCUCAGAAGCUUCGUUUACUGCGCAUCCUACGAAGCACUGUCAUGGUUCGUGUUGGUGGUGGCUGGGAGACUCUAGCAACGUUCUUACUCAAGAAUGAUCCUUGUAGAGCUGAAGGCAAGACAAACAUAGAGCUCCGUGAACAGCUACURGGAUCCAGCACCAAAGAAAGUAUGGAAGCCUUCAAGGCUAAGAGACCUGGCUUAUCACGUGAAGGCUCUGACGUAGGAGCUAGACCAUCGAUUUCAAGAGAAGGAUCAUCUGGGUCAAUGCGUUCGGCAGCAGCCAAACCACCUAGUGGAACAAAACCUAAGAAACAAACAGGAUCGCAAUUGGGUGUAUCUGGUGUUCGCAGAGAAAAAUCUGGCGAACUUYGUUCACCUGGAGGUUUGGUAAAGUCUAGAAGUGGUACCAGUUUGAAGUCUACCAAACCUUCCACAGGAGUCAGGAAAGCUGGCAGCUCCACCAACUUGAAAGAUCCCAAAACAGGUCUACCAAAACGAACAGAUAGUCAGACAUCUAUUGGUAGUACCGGCUCUCAAGAAGGCUCAGAGGCAACACACUCAUUUAUCAAAUCUCCCACCAGCUCACCUGGAUCAUCCCGUAUACCUGUAAGGGGGAAAACAGGUACCCCAGAAACAAAAACAGGGCUUAGUAAAACUGGUGUUAAAGGGAGCAAAGAAAGUCUAGCGACAAGGUCAACAGCAUCUGGUGUGAGGGGAAGCAGAGAGAACCUAGCUACCAAGAAGACCCCCGCUACGGGUACCACCAAGAAGACAACAACAACAACGGCCAAGAAACCACCAUCUGGUCAAACAAAACCUAAAAAGUAAAAAUACGAAGUCCCCUUUAAAGGGAGAACAUGUCUAGUUGAAAAUAACAAGAAAGAGUAGGAUUAACAACUGUCUACAAUCCAAUGGACCACCAACAAACAAAAGUAAAGGAACUUGUACCUCAACUAGACAACACUACAGCAUAAGUACAAGCCUUAUCAACAACUGGUCCAUCCAGACUCAUGAAUGUUAACAAGUUUAGUUUAGUUUUAGUUUAGUAGUUUUUUCCAUUGGAAUUUAGUAUUCGUACGUGUAAAAGUUAGAUGUCUAUACAAACGUAAUUCAUCAGUUAUUUUCAUUUUUCCUAACGUAGAUACAUACGAUCAAAUUUAGACAAGGCCCAUACAAACACCAAUUAGAAACAGUGUUUUCUGAACAAGUUAUCUUUGAAGCUAGUGUYAUAGUUAUAUCAUAAAUUUUCUGAGAGAGUAAGCUUAGUUUAAAUAAUCCACGGAUGUAAAAUGGGUUGUUAAUUGUGUUUUGGUGGAAUGGGGAACCAUCACUACACAUACUAAACAAUGCCAAGAAGWCGAUCAAAACACUAACUUCAAGAACAAUGAACACCUUAAAACGUGAAAAAAAUGCAAGAAUAAAUGAAUAAAACAAAUAAUGGAUUUAAAGUUUAGAAAUGCAGCUAAAUCUAUGAAGACAACCAAAAUAAGCACUUGAAAACGAAGCAKAUUAUAACAUUGGUCAAAAAUAUCUCAUCUUCUCUCCUAAUACAUAUUGGGGAAUGAUAUUGGGAGAGAGGUAACAUCAUCUUCACACUUCAAGAAUCAAGAAAGAACACAAAAGAACAUUUUGCUUUUUGAGUAAUUCUGGGGAAAAUUACUCAUUUAGUGAAAGUAAAUAGGAAAAUUCUCAACAUCUAA